AUGGCCUUCAACAACACAGUCCAUUCCAACCCUAAAAGUGCCGCGAGCAUUGCUAUUGACUAUGCUGAGUAUCAGCACAAAGGGACUGUGGCUCCCAAGUACAUGGGUACGGUGGUGGAUCAGCGUGAUAUGAAUGCUAUGGGCCGAGUUCAAGUGCUUCGCAGGAACUUCAGAUUCAUCUCAAUUCUCGGAUUUGCGUGUACGCUGAUUAGCACGUGGGAGGUGAUUUUGACUCUUCUAACCAGCGUGCUGACUGAUGGAGGUACUGCUGGUCUGAUAUGGGGUUUUAUCAUCGUCACUGUUGGGUUCUCGCUUGUUUUUGCCAGUUUAUCCGAGAUAGCUAGCAUGUCGCCAACGUCAGGAGGGCAGUAUCAUUGGGUGUCCGAGUUUGCUCCUCGUCGGUGCCAGAAGUUCCUGAGCUACAUUACCGGAUGGCUUACUGCAAUUGGAUGGCAGUGUGCUAUAGUAACCAUCGCCAUGCUUGCGGGUACCAUCAUUCAGGGCUUGAUCGUUCUCAAUGACCCAGGCUAUAGCUUUGAGCGGUGGCACGGCACUCUCCUCGUUGUAGCCAUUACUGCGUUCUCGAUCUUCUUCAACACCUUCCUGGCCAGAAAUCUUCCCGUGGUGGAGGCACUGAUUCUUAUUAUCCAUGUCGUCGGGCUCUUUGCCAUCAUCAUCCCGCUCUGGGUGCUCGCGCCUCGAAACAAUGCAAAGGCCGUCUUCACCGAGUUCAACAACGGCGGUGGAUGGAACAGCGACGGCACUGCAACCUUGGUUGGCUUUUCUACCACAAUUACCGCGAUGAUAGGCUACGAUUGCUCUGUUCAUAUGGGUAAUUUCCUACCGUACUCUAGUCGGUCGGCACUGACGAGAACAGCCGAGGAGAUCAAAGAUGCCUCUCAAACACUGCCCAAAGCCAUGAUGGCUGCGGUUGGGGUCAACGCGGUACUAGGGUUCAUCAUGAUCAUCACCCUCUGCUUUACACUCGUCGACGUCGACGGUGUCCUCGCAACCCCAACAGGCUUCCCAUUCAUCCAGAUCUUCUACAACACGACCCAGAGCUACGCCGCCACAAACACCAUGACCGCUGUCCUGGUGAUAACCCUGACCGCGAGUACCAUCACCGAGGUAGCAACGGCCUCCCGACAGCUGUGGUCUUUUGCACGAGACAAGGGACUCCCGUGCUCGUCCUUUUUUGCUUACGUAACACCCGGCUGGAACAUCCCCCUAAACUCCGUCCUCGUCUCGCUGGUCGUCACAAUCCUCCUCUCCCUGAUCAACAUCGGCUCAGCGGUAGCCCUAACAGCAAUCGUCUCCCUAACAAUAACAUCCCUGAUGUCCGCCUACAUCCUAUCAAUCGGGUGCAUACUGCUGAAGCGGCUGCGCAAAGAGCCCCUCCCGCACCGCCGCUGGUCACUCGGCCGCUUCGGCAUGGCCAUCAAUAUUGCAUCCAUGGCGUUUCUCCUGCCGGCCUUCGUAUUUUCCUUCUUCCCACUGAUGGCAGAGGUCGACGCGAAAACAAUGAAUUGGAGCGUUGUCAUGUAUAUUGGGCUGAUUGCGCUUGCAUCGGUAUAUUACGUUGUUAGGGGAAAGCACCACUUUGUCGCGCCUGUUGCGCUUGUCAGCAGAGACAGGGCGGAUGUGGCGCUGGGCAGUGGGAGAAGGAUGUAG